GAAGUCGUACACGCCGGAAGACUGCUUCUGAAUCUGAACUUUCACAGUUGCUGUUCAAAUAUGCAAACGAUUGAAAGUUAACGGAGGAAGAAACUUGGUGGUCUUGGAUUGCUCCUUGUUCCCGCUGCCAUGGCCAAGUCCAAAAAAGGUGGUAAUGACAGCCCGGCUGAUCCCCCAAGGCGAGGAAGGAAGCCCAAAUCUCUUGGUGUUUCUCCAAAGGCCGGCAAACAGCAGAUAGCCUCAAGCAGUGGGGAGCCCACUGGGCUCGCGCUUCUUUUACUCCCUGGCCAGACAUCACUGAAGUAUCCAGCAGAAAUCCUCUCAGGAAACCGUGCAUCUAUCCAGCAAGACAAACAAGAUGCUGAAGUAGCACAGAGUUCUGGUACUGAGAAUGCUUUGGAAAGCAUCUCCACAUCUUUACAUGCGGUCAGACCGAAAGGUGAUGGCUCAGGUGCACUUGCCCAGAGAGAGGCAGAAGAGACCUCGUGCCAGUUCCCAGCUGUGCGUCCUGCUCCUCCACGUUUGGCAUGGAAAACCAUGGUUAGACCAGCACCUGCUCCAGCUGCUCUUAAGAUGAACAACGAGAACAGAGCUCAUGAGAGAGACAUGGAGUCCUCAACUACGCAGCAGCUCAUGUUACCUCAGGGACACAAAGAUUCAGUGCAAGGAGCGUCCAAGAAGAAGAAAAGAAAGAUGGGGUUAUAUAACUUUGUUCCCAAAAAGAAAGUGAAAGUUUCCAAGAAACAGAAUGUACCGUUAUCGCCGUCGAACUUACAGGAAGCCUCACAUAAAACCAAAGGGGGUCAGAUGUCCAUUGAGGAGGCAUUCAAACACAGAGUUAGUCCUGAGAGACCAGAGAAUCAAAGGCCGCAUAGAGAAAGCAUUGCAGAACCGCAGAAGAACAAGGAAACCGAGGACGUUCCAAAAGAGAAUGUCGAAGAAUACACUGAGUUUCCUAUACACACUCUGGCUCAAGACAGCAUGUUCACAGCGAUUCCCACGGGUUUGCCGGAGGAUAAAGAGAACAUGGAGGCUGAUGAUGUGUUGGAACCUCCACUGUGUAGCUGUCGCAUGGAGACGCCUAAGAAUCAGGAUGUAGUGACUCUAGCAGAGGGCAAGUGUAUGGCUGUGGAAAGUGUCGAUGGAAAGUUGAGUUUAUGUCGGAAGGUGAUUCUGAAACAGGAAAUGAUGCGUCCUUCUCUAAGGAUUCCAUUGCUUGUGCUGUGUGAGGACCACCGUGCUGGAAUGGUGAAGCACCAGAGCUGCCCAGGCUGUGGUUUCUUCUGUAGGGCUGGGACUUUUAUAGAAUGUCAGCCAGAUGGAAACAUUUCUCACCGGUUUCACCGAAGCUGUGGCUCCCUGAUCAGAGGUCAACUCUACUGCCCUCAUUGUGGCGAGGAGGCCAGUCAUGCGAAGGAGGUCACAAUCCCAAAACCUGACACUGUCACUGCGGUGCCAUCAGCUGCUGUGCCUGCACACAAGACGGACACUGCCUUAAUGAAUAGGGCUAAACUGGACUGUGCAGCUAUUGGUGGAGUGAUAGGUCCUGUUAAAGAAUCUUUGGAGACUGUGUUGAAUGCGCUAGAGGAUGGAAAGUUUAAGAAAUUUAAGCUGCCCCCAAAGCAGCUUUAUUUCUCUGCUAAGAGAGGGGAGCUCCAGAGGGUCCUGCAUAUGCUGGUGGACGGUGUUGACCCGAACCUGAAGAUGGACACUGAGAAGAGGAAGACUUCACUACACUGUGCUGCUGAAGAAGGACAUAAGGACAUCUGUCAUAUACUGGUGCAGGCCGGUGCUAACCUGGACAUGUGCGAUGUGGAGCAGAAGACUCCUCUGAUGUAUGCCUGCGAGAACAAUCAUCUAGAAACUAUAAAAUACCUGCUGAAAGCUGGAGCUUCCUCUGGACAUAAGGAUAUAAGAGGCUCCACGUGUCUUCACAUGGCCGCAAGAGGUGGACACACAGAUGUGCUGCAGUAUCUCCUCUCCGCUGCCACCAUAGACGUCAACUCUAAGGAUGGUAGCGGAUGGGCUCCUCUCACAUGGGCAACAGAAAACAUGCGACUAGACCAGGUGACGCUGCUGAUCUCUGCAGGUGCUGAUGUCCACAUUAGAGAUAAGGAGGAGAACAUCUGCCUUCACUGGGCAGCGUUCUCUGGUUCAGAGGAGAUCGCUCAGCUGCUGCUAGAGAAAAGAUGUGACCUACAUGCUGUGAACGUUCAUGGGGAUUCACCUCUCCACAUCGCCGUCAGACAGAACCAGCUAGACUGUGUAAUGUUGUUUUUGUCUAGAGGAGCAGAUGUAAAUCUGAAGAACAGGGACGGCGAGACUCCUUUGGACUGCUGUAGUAUAAAUUCAAAGAUGUGGACAAUUCUGAACACCAAUAAAAAGCUCACAGAUGCUAGGAGAGGAAGAGACGGUCAGAGAGAAAGACUGCUCUGCAGAGAUAUAUCACGAGGUUAUGAGGAGAUCCCUGUGCCUUGUGUGAAUGGGGUGGACCAAGAGCCCUGCCCCAUCAACUUCAAAUAUGUUCCAGAGAACUGUUUCACCUCUCAAGUAAAUAUAGAUGAGAACAUAACACACUUACAGCACUGUAGCUGUAAAGGGGACUGUGCUUCUAGCGGCUGUAUCUGUGGUCAGCUCAGCAUGCGCUGUUGGUAUGACAAGGAUGGCCGCUUGGUGAAAGAUUUCUGCAGGGAUGACCCACCCUUCUUGUUUGAGUGCAACCAUGCAUGUUCCUGUUGGAGAACAUGUCUCAAUAGAGUGAUACAGAAUGGGCUCAAGGUGGGACUACAGGUAUUUAGGACUGAGAAGAAGGGCUGGGGUGUCCGAGCACUGCAGGAUAUUUCUGAGGGAGCCUUCGUAUGCGAGUUCGCAGGUGAGAUCAUUUCAGAUGGGGAAGCAAAUGCUCGAGAUGACGACUCGUACAUGUUCAACCUAGAGAAUAAGGUUGGAGAGCUCUACUGCAUCGAUGCUCAUUUUUACGGUAAUGUUGGAAGGUUUAUAAAUCAUCAUUGCGACCCCAAUUUGUUUCCGGUACGUGUGUUCACCAAACACCAGGACCUUCGCUUUCCUCGAAUUGCACUCUAUGCAAGCAGGCCUAUUCACACUGGAGACGAGUUAGGUUUUGGCUAUGGCGAUCCCUACUGGCAAAUCAAGAAAAAGUACUUCUCUUGUCAUUGUGGCUCGGCAAAAUGCAGAUACACCAUUCUGCGCCAGGACAAUGCGCAAGGCUCAGUCCGAGCACUCGGUGAUCAGACCGCUGCUCAGGUGGAACACAUUCAGUCAGCUAACACAACUGUAGCAAUGGUGUAACCCUGAGCCCUGCUUCAUAAACAUGGACCUUCAACAAUUAACUCCA